AUGGCUGAUCUACAAAUUAAGGAAGCUACUUUGCGUGGCAGUCUUGGUCGCAGCUUUCCGGCUCAGCACGAUCGCGCGGCCGUUGACCCUGUUCCAAACGGUAAAGAAACAGAACUCAAAACACUCAUCAACAACGUACUUGAAAAAUGCUCUUCAGCAAACAUAACAAAAUGCAAGACUUACGUUAUCAUAUACGUUGUGCCGUCCGAAGAGCGCAUUCAGAAGCUUGGUGCAUACCUUGAGGCUUUGUCAAAAUCACUACAAAGUCGCCCACAGAAUCUAGCCGACAGGAGGAAGUGGAUUGCAGACUACAGUGUAGGCCUCAGAAGACUGUUCAUGCUAUAUCUGAUUAGCGACAUUCUUUAUCACGUUCAAAAACUCAAAGGCAAGGAGGACUCGACGAAUGCAAUCAAAAGAUUGGUCCUCAAUAUCGAUGAAACCCUGAUUCGAAUACUUCAAUUAGCCGCUGAUCUCGAUGUCUCUAAGACUGCAGAUCGCCAGCUACAUGCCAAACUGAAGGAAGUCAUCAAUCUCUGGAAAGAAAGAGCUGUCUUCACCGAAGCCUUCAUUGACGACCUCUAUCGCAUUAUCGAAGGUGGGGGCAAGCAUGUCUCUUUAUCUACCACAGGCAAUUGUGAUCGCCUGAGUUACGCUAUUGCAUCCAGAGAAGGACCCUACGAUUUGCCAGCUUUGUACGGUGAAGCUAAAGGUCGAUGGUACGACCAGCCAGUGGGUGUGAUGAUGUACAAUCUCAGCCUUGAGCCAGGGAGAUCGAUUCGAAAGUCGAAGAUGAAGCCCAUGCCCAUGACCAAAGGACGCGCAUCUGCAGCUCUGGUCAGUGCCGUCGAUGACUUCAUAGCUGAUCUCAAAGAAGAUCGUAAUGCCGCUGUGAACGAAGGUCGGAUGCACAACAUUGACCGACUUGGACAGAUCAUUGUCAAAGACAAAAAGAGUGGCAAUCUGACUUUUGGCGAUACCUAUUAUGGCUUCUCACGCGACUUCCUUGAGACGCUGAAUGCGAUCAAAGCGUACAAGAAGCAAAAGCCCAGCAGGUCAAGUGACCUCACGGGGUCUUUGAGCCUGGAUGAAGUUGUGAAGAAGCGCGGUGGAUCGUCUGGAGAGGGGAAUGGGGCCCAGCCUCAUUGGAAGAAGCUCCAAUUCUGGUCAGCACAAAGGCCCACGCGGUCUACAACUCCUUCCAGGAGCCGAUCUCAGACACCCAGAAGGUCGCAAGACCGUUAUGCCCGCUCGCGGUCUCCCAGAGAUCGCUACUGCCAUUACAAUCGCAGGUCCAGCUCGCGGGACCGCCGCAGAGACUCGCGUGAGCACGUCUCACGAAACAACCAACACCGCCCGGACCGCCGGUCCUCUCACGAACAAAGGAGCAGUCCUACAAAUACUCCCCGCCGCCACCCACAAUCCCAAUGGCAGCAGUCUCCUUCUUCUUUCGCUCCGGGCCAGUAUGGCCAACACAUGCAGUUUCCCCCGCCGCCGCCCAAUCUGCCCGUUGGCGCGCCCUGGCCUCCUCUCCCACCUCCACCUCCACCAAUGGGCGGCUUCGUCCCGCCCGGUCAUGCGCAGUUCCAUGCGCAAGGCCAGCGGCCACCAUUCCAGGUGCCGCAGGGGGGUGGUGGGCAGUUUGGCCGGGGUCGUGGUAACGGGUUCCAUGGGAACCACAACGGCCAGUACAAUACUGGCAACAGGAACUGGGGUGGGCCCAACCAGGGCAGGAGAUACUAGAUUGCGUGGGUGGGAGGAGGAGUGGGGGCUCCUGGAGUCCUCACAAUUGUACAAUAGCAUAGGUAUCAAUGAGAUACCCACAGCCUGCGAUAAGGCAGGAUAAUAAAUGACAUGACCG